UUCAACACAUUUAUUUUAAGGCAUGGUGUUUGCCAAGGUUUCAGCACACAGUUUGUCAAUUCAAUUCGAUUUCAUCGUCUCCAUAUUUCAUUUACAUAAACAUCAUUUUCUCUUAUGUUUAGCUUUAAAAUCCAUGUUAGUUAAACCAUCAUACAACAUACAAACCAAACAAAAAGGGACACAAAUAGCUACACAGGACAGCAGGCAGGAGUCCAUAUUUGAUCACUUAGUCAUACAGCACAAUGUCCAUUUGCCAUGUGCUCUAACCAAACAUUUCAGCCUUAAGCUCUGUUGCAACAUGGAUCCACCAUGCCUCUGGACCGCAUCACUUUCUGUGGGCGUCUGCCUGGAACACAAAAAACAAGGGGAUUUUAAUACACAAUUCAAAAUCACAUUAUACGUUAAUCGUCCAAUAGGAAUGCUUGAUUGUUACACAUUGUUACACAAAAUAGUGUAACAAUUACCCCUUUGUAAGUCAAUGAAAUAAUUACAUGCAUCAUAACCCUGUCAAAAAGCGAUUGUUCGCCUCAUAGCCUAUUGUGUUGACUAGGGUUUCCUAGUAUUGCAUCUUCCCCGUUUUGUCCAAAACCACCACUAAAUCCCUUAUUAGCUCUGAUCUCACAAACCUACAAGGGAAGUCACCUCAUUCAUAAACCCAUGUAGAUAGAUGGAUUCACCAUUUGCAACCAUCUUCACUGCAUGAGGCUGGUUGGUACCCAAGAGCCCUGACUCCUCAGUUGUCUCACACCUGGAACCACAGGUGGGACAGGAGACAUCUCACUCAGAGGCAGAAGAUCCUAUCUCCAUCAUCCCAUCUCUUUCUCCCCCCAAUUCCCUCUCUCUCUGAGGUGUCUGGUGACUGUGGCUCUCCCACACAGUCAACUAAUGGCCUGCCUUCCCUCUGAGAGAGAGAGAGAAAGAGAGAGAGAGAGGGAGGAGGGAGGAGGGAGUGAGGGAGGGGAGACUGCAGCCCACCAGCGCCCCCAGGGCCCCUUGCCUGCCUCGCUCCUGCUGCUCGCUGCUGCUGUGGCUCAAUACCAGAGUCUCCUGGCUGGGAUCACAACCCUGCGAGUCAGCCCAGAGAAGAUCUGCUGUGUGUGGAGCCUCCCAGUUCGUUCUCCUGUUUAGUCCUACUUUGUCUCAGUCUGUACUGACAACUCUCUGAGCUGCCCCUCCACCAUCUCCAUCAUCAUGGCUGUGGUUGUGGGUUCAGCUCCAUGGGCAGCCCCACUGGCCCUGGUACUACUGGCAAUCACCCUGGCAGUGCCAGCCCUGGGAGGGUGCCCAUCCGCCUGCCGGUGCUCCUUCGCCAUGCUGCAGUGCCUGGAGCCUGAUGGCAUUGCCACUAUACCCGCGUUGGCACUACAGGAGAGCGAGAACGUCACGGAAAUUUACAUCGAAAAUCAAGCCAACCUGGAGAACAUCACAGAAGUAGACCUUGCCAACUAUAGAGAGUUGAAGAAUCUCACGGUCACGUUCUGCAGGCUGGCGUACAUCUCGGCUAAUGCUUUCCAACACAACCUCAAGCUCCAAUACGUAAACCUGGCAUCUAACUCCCUGGAGCAUAUCAGUUGGAAGGUGUUCCAUUUUCUUCCCCUGCUCAACCUGGUUUUGAGGGACAACCCCCUUGUGUGCUCAUGUGAUAUCCAUUGGCUGCAGCAAUGGCAGCUUAACGAGCACAGUGACCUCGACAACCAACCGCUGCACUGCUUCUCCAAUGGCCAUGCCCUGCGGUUGGACUCCUUAGUGAUGGAGAAUUGCACUGAACCGGAGGUCGCCAUUGUCCAUGCCAACACCAAGGUCCAGGAGGGGGGCAACCUGACAUUUGUGUGUCAGGUGACAGGAGUGCCCAUGCCUGUAGUGAGGUGGCGCACAAAUAAACUGCUGUCUCGCUAUACUGUACAGGAGAGGUUCUGGGGCUCCACUUUGGAGCUGGAGCUGCAGCUGUGGAAUAUGUCCUCAGAAGACAACCUGCACAACUUGACCUGUGAGGCAGAGAACCGGGCCGGGCCUGGGGAGGAGAAGGUGACGUUGGACAUUGAAUUUCCAGCCAAAAUCAUAUUCCUGCACGACGCCGAGCCACAGCACCACUGGUGUUUCCCCUUUAAGGUGGACGGGAACCCUGAGCCAUCCAUCCACUGGCUUUUCAACGGCUCCAACCUGACAGAGGGCCGCUACACCUACACACAGUUCAUUCCUGACACGGAUGAUGGCUCUGUGAAGCACGGCUGUCUAUUCCUCAACAAGCCCACCCACCUGAACAACGGCCUCUACACCAUCAUGGUGGAGAACAGCCUGGGCGUGGAUCGAGCCACGGCCACAGGGAAUUUCAUGAACAACCCCUUUGACCCCUUUGACCCUGAGGGCAUCAUCCCAGUCCUUGAAGAAAGUGAUCCACGCUAUGUUGAUGCUAAUUAUGUUUCUGUGCAGGUGUCGGUGGCAGUGGGUCUGGCUGUGUUUGCUUGCACCUUCCUCCUCAUUAUGGUACUGGUCAUCAACAAGUGUGGACAGCAGUCCAAGUUUGGUAUUCACCGUUCAUCUGUCUUGGGAACAGAGGAUGAUCUUGCUGUGUCACUGCGUUUCAUGAACUUUGGGGCCAGCCCUCCUUCCUCUGACGACUCUGUCAUGUCCAGCUUUGUGGAGAACCCCCAGUACUUCUGUGGCAUAUUCAAAGACAAAGACAUGUGUGUGCAGCACAUUAAAAGACAGGACAUAGUUCUGAAGUGGGAACUGGGUGAGGGGGCCUUUGGCAAAGUCUACCUGGCAGAGUGUGCCAACCUCAGUCCGGACAGUGACAAAAUGCUGGUGGCCAUCAAGACUCUGAAGGAUGCCAACGAGUCGACCCGGCAGGACUUCCAGAGAGAGGCUGAGCUGCUCACAUUGCUCCAGCACCAGCACAUCGUUCGCUUCUACGGAGUGUGUACAGACGGAGAGCCACUGGCCAUGGUGUUUGAAUACAUGAGACAUGGAGACCUCAACCGCUUCCUCAGGGCCCACGGUCCAGACGCCCAUAUCCUGGAGGAGGUGAAAAUGCCCCCACUGGGCCAGCUCACUCUUCCCCAGAUGCUGGACAUCGCCGCCCAGAUCGCCUCGGGCAUGGUCUACCUGGCCUCCCUUCACUUCGUGCACCGGGACCUGGCCACACGCAACUGCCUGGUGGGAGAUAUGGGAGAGGGUCUGAUGGUCAAGAUAGGAGACUUUGGCAUGUCCCGGGACAUCUACAGCACAGACUACUACAGGGUGGGUGGGCGUACGAUGCUUCCUAUUCGCUGGAUGCCCCCGGAGAGCAUCAUGUACAGGAAGUUCACCACGGAGAGUGAUAUCUGGAGCUUUGGAGUGGUCCUCUGGGAGAUCUUCACCUAUGGGAAACAGCCCUGGUACCAGCUCUCCAACAGCGAGGCUAUCGAGUGCAUUACACAGGGCCGGGAGCUGGAGAGACCACGCACUUGCCCCAAAGAGGUGCACGGCCUGAUGCAGGGCUGCUGGCAGAGGGAGCCCCAGCAGAGGCUGGUCAUCAAGGACAUCCACAGCCGCCUCCUGGCCCUGGUGAAGAGCCCCCCUAUCUACCUGGACAUCCUUGGGUAGAGGCUGGGAGGGCUGGGGCUGGGGCAGUGUCCAGGCAAGGGGAAGUAGGGGAACUUACAGUCAGGGAUGAUGGGUAUUGGGAAGGGGUGGGAGUUAGGUAAAGAACUGUGCUAUGGUCAUCCUGAACCUAAGCAUUGCCGUCAUUUACCUCUAUGGGUCUUAACCACACCGACACCCCCUCUGAUUGGAUAUUUGGUCAGGUCGGACUUUGCUACGAUCUGUUCUGAUAGGGACCAUUGGGAUGGGAGUAGGGUGAAGUUGCCCCUAGACGCUGAUAUUGGGUAAUUUUUGCAUUUUCCCCAGUAAUGGUUAAGGUUAGGAUUGGGGGAGGGGAAGCUGAUCCCAGAUCUGUACCUCAGAGAAACUUUACCCUGGAGCAAUGGGGAUGGGGGUCAAUUCCUACUUCCUGGUCAAUGUUUCUUAACAUCCAUGCUGCUUCAGCUUUGCCUACUACCCCAACUCGCCUUGUCUCAUGACGACCCAGCCCCAACUCUGUGUGCCGCUGGCUGGGAGCAGGAGGAAGAGGGUGAGCCAACGAAGACCUGUCAAGUGUUUACUGUGAGUGUUUUAUUGUGUAACUGAACGGGUGUCGUCGUGAUGAAGGGUUUUGCAUGAUUGGCGAAAUACAGACUAUACAUCCACUGUAGCGGGAUUCACUGUUGCCUGAGAAUAUGGAAACAUUGAAUUACUUUAGUGAAGUUUAAGAGGUUCAGUGUUUUUCAAGCCUGAGCAUACUUUUCAUAGGUGAGAUUUCAAACUUCUUCUACAAUUUUGAUAAUAACAGCUUUAACACUAUGAUCAAGAUGUAUUAUAACAGUAAGACUCCAUCUUUCAAUUUUCAAGCUGUGUGAUAUAAUCAGCAGGAGUGAAAAUUAUUUCAAGAGAAGCCAAGUCAAUUGCACAAAUCAGAAAGCUUUCUAUUGUUAGGCAGUUAUGUCAGAUCCUUCCUUUUUCAUAUGCAUAGCCCAGACCAUAGUGAAGAAACUGCAUACAAAGUCUGUAUUCCUCAUGGCCAUCCCUUGCAUUGUAUUGGGAUAUCAAUUAUCAAUUAGCAUUUUGGAAUAUGAACUAACAGUAAAUGGACAUUAAGAGAGAUGCUCCUUAUCAAUAUAAUCUUAUUUGAUAACCCAAUUUGGAUUGAAAAUGUCACAAUUAAAUGCUCACAAUUUUCUUAAUACAGUCAUAUGUGUGUGUGUGUGCGCGCGAAGAAAUAUUGCAAUGUCAAGUUUGACUGGACGUCGUCUACUGUUGAUAUUGUUUACUACAGGUGUUUAUAGUUAAUGGAAUACAGUACAAUGUUUUGCAUUUCUCCACCUACUAAUUCUAAUCCGAAUGUAAAAUAUUAUAUUUACAAACAUUAUAGUAGAGUUGUACAGUUAUUCUUUUGACUUAUUCAGCAUUUAUCUAAUUUAUUACUCUGUUGAAAUCCUUUUCUGUCAGAGGACAAAACAAUGACGAAUAAUUGUAAAAUAGGAAUAUUUUUGAAAAAAAAGGGGGGGACUUCUAUUAAAGGCCAGGAAGGUGUUUUUCCUGACAUACUAAUCCUACAUUUUUUGUAUUUAAAUACUGUAGAAGGAUUUCUCUGUCCAAGGCCAGUGAGUAUACUCCAAAUAAGAACAUGUGUAUGCAGUGUAAGACAUAGGUUCAGGUUCAGCCUUUCUUAGGAAAUAGCCAUGUUAACAUGCCUUAUAGUGACCCCAAAGCAUUUAACAUCAGCCUUGAACAUCAAAGCAAGCUUCUGCAAUCCAGUAAGGGACAAGAUGGUUGAGAGAGAUACAGCGAGAUGGUUUCACAAGUAACAGAUGGAUAACAAUGAUCGAAACUUCAGGAGGAGAGUGACAGAUGGAAUUGAAAUAGAGUCCCUGAUACAACCUAUACACCACAGGGCAUGUGUCUGGGCAAAACACACAACAAGGUCGACUCUCCAUUUUAACCUUUCACCUUCAAAAUAAAAGCAGACGUUUUACAAGACUAGUAAAACAAUUGGGACACCUUUGAAUGUAAAUAUGUAAAUAUACUUUAUUGAUGUAAAAAAAAAAUGUAUAUCGUCUGCACAUGAAUAAAACAACCAUUUGGUUCAAGA